AUCCUUCCACACCAUCGUCGAACCUUCCACACCAGCGUCGAACCUUCCACCGUCCUUUGCAUAGCGUGCUACUAGCGCCUAAACUAGCUACACACAAAUCUAGUGCUAGAGUAGGCAAUACUACGCAGCUUCAUAGCCCCGCUGUCAAGAUGGGAUCCAUUAAUGACCCGAAGCGAGUUGUUCUUCGUUUUCACGUUCAACACGAGCUUGAUGAAGCGGCCAUAAAUCGACGAUUCUUCGCGCUGUAUGGCCCCGAACCCUCGAAUAGCGAUUUCUACUCUCACUUGAUAGCUCCAAAUGAAUCUUCUCAGAUGCAUAUCGUUUUGGAUUUCAAUUGUAAACUACACCCAAACAUCGACCACAGCAAGAUAGCAUACGAAGUCUUCAAAGUGAAAAAGAAAGAUGAUUUUGAAUUCGAAAAGCUUAACGAUGCUGCAUGCCAAUAUGCUCGCAUACGCUGCGAGAGGAUUAAAUGGGGCACCGACCGAGCUUAAUCUGAGGAAUUAGUUGGUGAACGUUUAUCACAAAUAGGGCAUUCUCCCUGCACGUUCGUAUCCUGAGCGUCAAGGGACAAAGGCAAGUCCCUCAGCUGUCCACUUGCAGGCAUACAGAGUUGUUGGUUUCGCCGAGCUCGCGCUGCUGCACAUCGCAGGUACUCACCCCUUACUUGGUGUUGAGGGUUGCGGCGACAAUUGGCAUACGUUGUCACCUGGAUAUCUGCAUAGAUUCAAGUAGGUUAGAAUCAAGAAAUAUUUCGUUUAGCGACGCUGUGAGGGAAGGAAGCCGAAGGGAGGGGCGCUGCGGGGUCCGGGCGCUGACAUGUUAUUCGAGUGUUGGACUCCGCCACAAGUAGCUCGC